ACACUCACACAUUAUACUCGCCUCUGUGCCGGUGGGUAACUGGGAUGUCCUCUGACGUGAUGUAAACAUGAACGUGUGUGUGUGUGUGUCGGCGGACUCCCAUCAAAACCAAGAUGGCGGCCGAGCGCUCAGCCGGCUCGGCUCCGUGACUGACAGAGGAGGCAGCCGCUCUUCCUGCGGGAGUAACGGAAAGACUCCGAGGGAAAGCAGAAUAAAACCAACCGCGCGAGCAGCGCACCUUCACCCCGCAACAGAAAUGCAGCUGCUCCGGUAAACCACCGAGUGAAGUUCCGUGUGAGGACCGAUUUGACGUUUCACAAGCGGAGGGCAGCUGGCGGGGAUGGGAAAUGAUGGAGGACAAAGGCCCCCGUGUAGCCGACUACUUCGUGGUUGCCGGUCUGACGGACCCGUCCAAGCCGUUGGACCAGGAGAUCCACUUUGAUGACGUGUGCCACAAGACGGCCAAGCCCAAAGCGCCCAUCACGGACGUGGCGGUGGUGAUCCGCUCCCUGGGCGAGGAGGUUCCUCCGGGGUUCGUGUGCAUCGAGACCACGCCGAGCGGACACUCGGCCGAUCUGAACAACGGCGGCCUCAUGGCGCCGCAGAUCUUCCUGUGCUACAGGCGAGGCCGCGACAAACCGCCGCUCAUCGACCUGGGAGUCCUGUAUGAGUGGAAGGAGAGGCUGAAGCAGGGCUGCCACCUCAUCCAGACCACGCCCGCUGGUCGUCCCGCCAACAUCAGCGGCAACUCCUCCCAGCGGAUCUACGUUACGUACCGCCGAGCGCUGGACAGCCAGCCGCACGCCUCCCUGGCCGUCACCGACAUCUGCAUCAUCAUCCCGAGCAAAGGCGAGGCGCCGCCGCACACCUUCUGCAAGGUGGAGAAGAAUCUCAACAGCAGCAUGUGGGGCUCCUCCGUUUACCUGUGUUACAAGAAAUCUGUGGCCAAAACCAACGUGAUCGCCUACAAAGCAGGUUUAUUCAGCAGAUAUCCGGAGGAGGACUACGAGUCUUUCCCUCUGCCGGAGUCAGUCCCUCUCUUCUGCCUUCCCAUGGGGGCAACAAUCGAGAGCUGGCCAGCAAACACCAAGUACUCCCUCCCUGUUUUCUCCACCUUCGUCCUCACCGGCGCGUCUGGAGAGAAGGUUUACGGUGCUGCCAUCCAGUUUUAUGAGCCCUACCCACAGGAGUGCCUGACUGAUACGCAGCUCUCCCAGCUGGGCCUCCUGAGCCCAGAACAAUGCAACGCCUCUCCGUCCAGCUCUGCAGCGAAUGCCGCCAUCAAUCCUGGAAACGGCGCUGCCAGUGCCAGCUCAGUCUACACCAACAAAUGCAUCUGCCUGCUGUCCCACUGGCCCUUCUUUGACGCUUUCCGCAAGUUCCUCACAUUCCUCUAUCGAUACUCCAUCUCCGGCCCGCACGCGCUGCCCAUCGAGAAACAUAUUUCUCACUUCAUGCACAAAGUUCCCUUCCCGUCCUCCCAAAGGCCUCGCAUCCUGGUGCAGCUUUCUCCUCAUGACAGCCUGAUGUUGAGCCAGCCUGUCAGUUCUCCCUUACCGCUCAGCGGAGGAAGGUUUUCCACUCUGCUCCAUAACCUCGGUCCGGAGAACGCCAUCACCUUGCUGGUGUUCGCCGUCACCGAACAUAAAAUCCUGGUCCAUUCUUUACGGCCGGCGGUGCUGACCAGCGUCACAGAGGCGCUGGUGUCGAUGAUCUUCCCCUUCCACUGGCCGUGUCCCUACAUCCCGCUCUGCCCCCUGGCGCUGGCCGACGUGUUGAGCGCUCCCUGUCCGUUCAUCGUCGGCGUCGACUCCCGGUACUUUGACCUCUACGACCCUCCGCCUGACGUGAACUGUGUGGACCUGGACACAAACACCAUCUUCCACAACGAUGAUAAACGCGCUCUCACAUGGAAGAUCCUGCCAAAGAAAGCGUGUAAAAACCUGAUGAAUGUGCUGAGUAAUCUGCACCAGCAGCUGGUCGACGGUCAGUACCGCUCCGACGGGCUGCUGGAGCUCAGCAUGAGCGACUCACAAGAGCUGAGCUGUGGGAAGAGCCUCCACAUGCUGGAGCUGGAGAUCCAGGAAGCCUUCCUGCGCUUCAUGGCGGCCAUUUUAAAGGGUUACCGCUCCUUCCUGCGCCCCAUCACACAGGCGCCGUCGGAGAAGGCCACGGACGCCAGCUCGCUCUUUGACUUACAAGGAUUCUUGAAGAGCCGCGACCGCUCUCACCAGAAGUUUUACUCGCUCAUGACCAAGACCCAGAUGUUCAUCCGCUUCAUCGAGGAAUGCUCGUUCGUCAGCGACAAAGACACCAGCCUGGCGUUCUUUGACGACUGCGUUGACAAACUUUUCAACUCAGAGCGGAGCGCAGAGAAAGGAGGGAAGGUGGACGGCGAGCGGCCGGAUGAGACGCGGCUGAUCGAGAUCGAUGAGUCGCAGCGCAGCGAGCACACGGUGUUCAUCACUCCUCCAGAGCUGCCGCCGCUGCCUGACGGGGAGGAGUACCCGCUCUGCUACAGGUAUGACGGUUUCCCGGUGUUAACUCUGGAGCUGUUUGACCCGGUGGAGGGCCUGCGGACGCCCUCCUCCCGCCUCGCUGCCAGGCACAGCUGCCCCACAAGCCCCGCCCCCAUGUUCAGACGCACCAAACAGGAGAUUAAAUCAGCGCAGAAGAUCGCCAAGAAGUAUUCGUCCAUCCCCCAGCUGUGGUCCAAGUGCCUGCUGCGCCACUGCUACGGCCUGUGGUUCAUCUGCCUGCCGGCGUACGUCAAGGUGUGCCACUCCAAGGUGCGGGCGCUGCGCACCGCCUACGACGUCCUCAGGAAGAUGCAGGCGAAGAAGCUGCAGCCGCCCGACGAGGUGUGCUACCGGGUCCUGAUGCAGCUGUGUGGGCAGUACGGCCAGCCGGUCCUGGCGGUCAGAGUCCUGUUUGAGAUGAAGAAGGCCGGCGUUCACCCCAACGCCAUCACCUACGGAUACUACAACAAGGCGGUGCUGGAGAGCACGUGGCCCUCCAGCACCAGAGGAGGAUACUUCCUAUGGAUGAAGCUGAGGAACGUGAUUCUGGGCGUGGCUCAGUUCAAACGAGCUCUGCGCCGACACGGACCGCCACUCACCCAGAGCCCGCUGUCAGAUGGCAGCGACCUGGACGCUGUGAGUCACGGCAGUCUGGACAGCUCUGCUGACCCGAACCCGGCCGAGCAGAGCCCAGUAGAACCCUCUGACGAUAGAUCUAGCACAGUGGGCGGCGGGGGCGACAGCGCGGGGGCCAGGCCCGUGGCGGCCCGCUCUCCCUGGGUGGGCGCUGAGCUCAGAGAAGCCACUCUCCACCCAGGAGAUCAGUCGGAUUUGGGUUACAACUCUCUGUCGAAGGAGGAAGUUCGGAGAGGCGACGCCGCUCCCCCCGACAAAGACGAGAAGAAGGAGAGCGACUGCAGCUCCUUGUCGGAGACUGAAAGCGUGAAGGGCAGCAAGGACUGCCUGCCUCAGCUGGACCUGGAGGCCGGCUCCUCCUUCAAGCCUCGGGGAAUCGUUCGGAGCAGCUAUCCGUACGGGGAUUCUGCCCGGAAACCCAGGAGCUCCACCAGCGCAGGCCACAUCGCUGGCCUCCUCUUCACCACGUCUCUGGAUGAGAUCGGUGAGGUUCGCGCCAACAGCCUGCUGCGGCGACACCGCAGCGCCCUGGAGGAUGUGGUGGGCAGCUGCGGCAGCGGCGCCGCUCUGGACUGGCAGGCGGCGCGGGCCCGCCGCGUGAGCGGCGACACGACGGCCAGCGGCGGCAGCGGCGCAACCGUUCUUGGCCUCGGCAUGAGUCAGGCGGAGACCGACCCUGAUAAGAUCGCCGGACUGCUGGGCGCCGACGCCAAGAUCCUGUCCGGUACCAACUACAGCCAGAAGCGUCGCUUAGGAGGCUUUAAUCACAAAGAGGAAGAGGAACAAAGCUACAGUGAUGAAGAUAAGAGUAACACGGAAGCCAUUUUUGAUUUUGAGGAUCUGGACUUGGAGAAGCCGUCUCUCGGGGUCAGACAUCUUAAAAAGCCCGUUGAGCGCAGCGCCAGCUACGGUGGCAUGAGCUCGGCGGCACCCAGAGGAGCUGUGAUGCGUACCUGCAUCGAAAUGGGCUUCGACCCGCUCUCCCUGAUGGCCGCCGAGUCGCAGAGCGCCGCGUACCCGGAUGGUGACGAGGCCAGAGCGCCGGGUGCCCGCCGUAAUCUGGCCCGGGAGAUCGAGCUGUACAUGAGCCACCUGGACACGCCGCUGAGCAGCCGCACGUCCAGCUCCGAGCUGCAGGGCCCGGCCAGCCCGCUGCUGCUCCACCCCCACGCUGCCGCCGCCUUCCGGAGGUCCAGCUUGCCCCACGCCGCUCCACUCAGGACCAGCGCAGUGCCGCGCUCACGCACCUUCCACCAGGCGUCGCCGGCCCGGCCCGCGUCCCGCCAGCGGCUGAUGUCGUCGCCGUCGGGCCGCAGCUCCAGCACCAGCCCCAGCCUGAGCCCCUUCAGGGAGCGCCUGGCCUCGCCGUCCUCCUCCGCCUUCGCCCUGGACGCCCUGCUCACCCCGACGCUCGACGUCUUCAAGACCAGCGUGGUUUCUGCUGGGAAGGGCGUGGCGGAACGGGCCAGCCGCUGGUACUCGCGUUUCGCCACGGCCAACACGCCAACCAAGGACGGCUUCAGCGACCGUCUGAGCGUUUCCUCCCUCAGUGUCGGGGAUCCAGACGGCUCCAUCCAGGACGAAGCGGAGUUUGAGGAGGCGGAGCAGCUCGGCGUCUCCCCUCAGAAGAACGGUCCCUCCUGUCCCCACAGGAGUCCCGUCCACAGCCGGGUUGACAGUCCCACUGCAGGACGCAGCCUGGGCAGACCCACGUCUCUUCCUCCUGGUUGUCCUCUGUCCCUGCCCGGGUUCUCGCUGCCGGACAAGUCCGACCUCGGAUCGUCACGCUGCACCAGCAACACCAGCAUCUUCAACAACUACGCUAUGGAGCUGCUGAUCUCCAGCUGCUCUCGCUGUAAAACCUGCGACUGCCUGGUUUACGACGAGGAGAUCAUGGCUGGAUGGACGGCUGACGACUCCAACCUCAACACCACCUGCCCCUUCUGCGGAAACCCCUUCCUGCCGUUCCUCAACGUGGAGAUCCGGGACAUGAGAGGACCCGGGAGGCUCUUCCUGAAGGGCAGCCCGUCCAUGGAUGACGCCAUGACCUCAUCGUACUCCGCCUCCACGGGUCUGGACACGGGGACGUCCACGUUGUCCACGCCGUGUCCCACCACAGCCGUGUUCCCUCCCUCACCCACAGCAGCCGCAAAGGAAACUCCUGGGAGGACUCGGCCCAGCAGGGCUCAAGGCAUCAACAUCCCCACAGAUCGCCGCCAGGGGGCUCUGUCCUCCGGCGGCCCCAUGACCCGCAGCGUCAGCGCCUUCGGCCCCAUGGAGGAAGAGUCCCAGCUCAGCCACCACCUGCCGACGUCCGGCAGCCUGCCGAGCCAUCUGAACGAAGCCAUGGACCCGCUCAGCAUGGACUGGCAGCUCCACAACCCGGAGCCCGUGACGGUGCCGUACCUGAGCCCGCUGGUUCUGUGGAAGGAGCUGGAGAGUCUGCUGGAGAACGAGGGCGACCCGGUGAUCGCCGAGGCCGACAUGGUGGACCACCACCCCAUCAUCUACUGGAACCUGCUGUGGUACUUCCGGCGGCUGGACCUGCCCAGCAACCUGCCGGGCCUCAUCCUCACCUCCGAGCACUGCAACAGAGACUCCCAGGUCCCUCGUCACUGGAUGUCCGAGGACAGCAAACAUGUUCUGAUCCAGAUCCUAUGGGACAACCUGAAGCUGCACCAGGACCCGGUCCAGCCUCUCUACAUCCUCUGGAACACAUACAGGCUUAAUUGCACUCUGUUGUUAGAGAACGUGGGCUACCCUCUGUCCCGGCCGGUCCCGGAUGAGGAGAAGCCUCUGACGGACGAGCUGCUGCAGGGCGUGGUGCGCAGCAUCCAGAGGAACGACGUCGGCCGGCCCAUGGCGCAGCUGCUGCAGCUGCUGGACCGGAUGCUGGGGGUCAAACGCCAAAGGAGUUUGUACAGAGACAUCCUCUUCCUGUCCCUGGUGGCGCUGGGAAAAGACAACAUCGAUAUCGACGCCUUCGAUCGUGAGUACAAGCUGGCGUACGACCGCCUGCUGCCCCCGCUGGUCAGGCUGACCCAUAACUGUGACCGUCCUCCGGGCGCCGGCGUCAUGGAGUGCCGCCGGACGUUCGGAGAGCCUUACCUGUGAGUCGCUCACCUUCACCUCCUCCUCUUCCUCACCGCUUCACCUCCAGCUCAGGAACCCGCAGCAGGACUGGACCGUCGCCGCGGUAACGCUCGGCUUCGUCCAGCACCUCGCCUCGUUUCUGUUGAAAUCCAACCAAAAUACACAGAGAGAAAAACCCUGUAAAUAAGCGCCAGUUUUUAAUCCAGCAUUUAUAUUGUGUAAUCAUAAAUCACAUGGAGACUAACUGCAGCAAUAUUUUAACUUGAAUUCUAUUUAUACAAAGUUAGCUUUAUUUAUUGUCCUGUUGCAACUCACCGCUCUCACCUGCAGACUGAAGGAAACCCGCUUCGUGUUGCAUCAAAACACCAAAAAAUAAAAAUAACUAAAAGCCGUGUUCACCAAGCAGCUGUUUGAAAAACGAUUUCAUGCCAAACAUCGACAUAAAUGUUUCAUUCAGUGACA